AUGACCUCCGGUGGGGAAGGCAGCAAGGCUCACGAGGGGCCACCGAGUUGGGAUGGAGACGCUGGCAGCUUCCAAGAGUAUGAGGAGAGCAGCCUACUCUGGGAGCAGUCGGUAGCAUACGAGAAGAGAUAUCUUUGCGGGCCAAAACUGGCCGCGGCACUCAAAGGUGCUGCCAAGAAGCAUGUGGCUGGAAAACCACCCAGCUGGCUUUCGAACAACCAAGGUGUGCACACCUUGAUGCAGCACCUGAGGGCCGCACUCGGCCGGCCCCAGAUCUCCGACCUGACCGACUACCUGAGCAAGUACUUCAAGGGAUCAAGAAGACGCAACAAUCAACAGCUACAUCGCCCGAAAGAGCGAGAUCUACUUGAGGGCUUGCCAGGCGUUGCAGCGCGUCAGUCCACUCCAACCCGGCGCAGUAGCUACGACUACACGCCUGCCGAGGAGGCGACCGAGGACCAGGACGAGGCACCAGCAACAGAGGCGACGACCGCCUCCACCGAGGACCGAUCAUGGAGCUAUUGGCAGCGCGGCCAGUGGAACUACGGACACCAGGAGUGGGGCUACUCUUGGUGGGGUAGUCCGUGGUACAACCACUGGACUUGGAACAAGGAGCCCGUGGAGGAGGCCCCAGCGAUGCCCGAGCUCCUCCCGAACUACGUCCAGGGGUGGUACCUACUCCAUGAUUCGGGUGUGACAGCCCAGGAGAAGAACAGUGUUCAAACGGCUCUCCAAGGCGAUUUUCGCUAUGACCGGGUGGCCCAAGAACUUCGGAACCAAUGUGUGGUUCUCGACGGCCAGCGCCGAGAAUACCAUCCGAAGAACUCGGGCUACAUGGGCGAGCUCUACGACGAGGAGCCGGACGAGGACGAGACGCAGACCAUGGAGACCGACCCGAUCCUGGAGGCCGAGCACCAGGAAGAAUGGCAUGAAGCGGAAGAAGAUGCUCAAUCCGCCCUGGCCGCGAUCAACCAGGGCAGUACUUUCGCACCAAUUCUGGAGCAGGGCAACGAGAUGGAGGAAAAGGACAACUCCAACUACAUGCAAGCAAUGAUGAGCGGCAUCUCCACGGCCGACGCGGUCUCACAAGGAAAGGCCGUGAUCGACGGCGGAGCCACGAAAACUCUGGCUUCAAUCAACGCAAUGGAGCGGAUCAUGCAGCUGAACAACCUCAAGAGUGGUCAUUCAGGACUGAUCUCAGUGGACACCACUGAGAGGCCAGUUUUUGGGUUUGGUAAUGGGUCCGAGGAUAGGUGCAGUUCAACUGUACAGCUUCGGAUCUGUGCAGACAAGAAGCCUGGAGAAGUCAAGGUCCACUGCCUCGACCGAGGCACGGGGCCAAUGUUGCUGUCAAUAGACACGUUGCGCAAGUUGAAAGCUGUUAUAGAUUUUGAGUCGGGUUUGGUGUGCUUCAGGGCUUUGGACAACACGAAACUUGUGCAAGUGGAACGCUCUCAGACGGGGCACCAACUGAUACCCAUGACAGAGGACUGGCUCGCUAAAGGCGUGGCCACGACCUGCGAAGCGGUAGCUAUCCUCGCCCUCAACAUCGCCAAGCGCAGCAUGCCGAAGGCCACCAAGGAGGACCUACGCAUGGAGCUGAUGAACCACGGCGAGGUGCCGCCACAAAGCUGGACAAUGGUGGAGUUGAACCAACGACUCCGAGAACUCCGAGAGCAAGGACUGUUGGAGAACGAGGAGGCGAGCCCCAACUCCACCAUGGAAAAGAUGCUCAAGGACUUACGCCGAGCCAGCAAGCUCAAGGCGAACCUGACCAAGUACUGCACCGAGGUGCUCAAGCUCGAGCUGACGGGGAACGAGGUGAUGGCGAAGAUGAUCGACAAGGCGACCAAGGAGAUCCGCCGGGUGUGCCCAGCCGAGGCCAACGACCUGGCCGGCUUCGGCAAACAUGCCAACGAGCGCUACGUUGCCAUUGCCACGCAGUACCAGGACUAUGCGACUUGGGUGAAAACUACGUUCCAGGAGAGCGGCGAGGACCAUGUGGAUCCCAGAUUGGCACGGCUUGCCAAGUGGCUGCUGGAGAUGGACCGGAAGCCCACUCCAAAGCCCCCGCCAGUCACGCGCAAGGAGCAGGGCUACAUGAAGAUGCAGAUCCCGAGCACCUCAAGCCAUGUGUCGGGUCGCGCAGGGUCGAGCCGAGCCAGCACCGACCCCACCAGUGCGCAGGCGGUGAAGAUGAUGCAGGAAAUGGCCGAAGCAAUGGAGUCGAUGCGCCAGGAGCUUGCCGAAGUGAAGGGCCAACGACCACGCAAGACCGCGGGGAAGACCGAAGAGGGCCAGCUCACCGACGGGCAGCUCUCCCCAGGCCAAGCGCGAGCCUUGGAGAGGCAAGCCUGGUCUGUAGUUCCCGACCUUUUUCAGUCCCUUGUAGGCUUCCAGAGACCGUGCCUCAUGGAGUGUGCGUGUGAGGCCGACAACCUACUUGCCAGCACUGUUCAGUCUGUGGCAAAAAGAGAGGACGCAGUGACUCAGUGCUACUUGAACAAUGGAUGUGAUCUGUCUACCGAUGAGGGUGUGCGACUUGUGUUGAGCCGCAUUGAAGUUGAGCAGCCGCAACACAUCUGGUUGCGACCUCCCAGUGGACCCUUCUCUCCCAUGCAGGGACCGAAUCAGGCCAACAAGGAACAGGCGGAAAAUUUGAAGGAGAAGCGUAGGCAUGCCAUGAGGGUCUUUGUAGGUUGCGCAUGCGUGAUACACUGUGCUGUGCAGAAGGGCAUCCAUGUGACCUUUGAAUUGGCAGACCGCUCAGAUGCUUGGAGGUACCUUGUUCUAGGUGUUUAUGCCUACGGUAACCACUACGGAGUGACCAAAGACAACAUUCAGUGUAGCAGCAUCAUCGUGAACGACAAUUGUCAAACGCAAGUGCAUAGGGAUGUCAACAACCUCCCACAUACCCUGAACCAUCUGAUUGGAGUGACUCCAUACCAACAUGGAGAAAUGUGGCUGGAAGGCCCCAGCACAAAUCCCAACCAUCCUUCCUUAAACCUCCAGCUACCCACAGGCGAGUACAAGUCAGGACACCUACGACGGACCCGACACCAGGUUGUGUCCUUUGAUGCUCGGAAGUGGCAUGCCACGCAACCGUGGCACGGCCACAGAGUGACCGUCGGAGGCUACACCAGCAGAGGGGUUCUUCACUUGAGUGUUGAGGACGUUCAGUGGUUGAAGGCUUGUGGGUUCCAGUGGCAAGAGGGAAGACAAGGUGCUGAGGCUAGGGCUGUGUUUCGGAGGGAGGCUAAGAAGGGAAGUAAGGUUGAAGACGAAAUCAAACGUAAGUUGUAUCUCCUUCAUGCAGCGACGGGACAUGGGAGCACGAGGAACCUAGUUGAGGCCCUCAAACGUCGUCACGUGGACCCCUUAGUUCUUAGGUUAGCCGAAGAAUUUCAGUGCCCCAUCUGUCACGAACGAAAGAAAGCACAGCCGAGACAGCUGGCGUCCUUAGAACCAUUGCCUCCCAAAUUUCACACUAUCACGGCCGAUAUUGGCCAUUGGAAUUGUCCCCAUUGUGGGGAAACCCAGAAUUUCAUGAUGGUGGUUGAUGAAGGGUCACGAUUUCGAGUGGCAAAAAUUUUUACCAAGGGCAACAAGCAAACUCCCAACGCCGCCACAUGCCUCAACUUUCUGUCUGAAGGCUGGAUCCAGAUUUUCGGGAAACCACGAGCUUUGAGGCUCGAUCCGGCAGGCAGUUUCCGUUCGGCAAGUGUAGAGGACUUCUGUGGUCGCAAUGAGAUAUAUCUGGAUAUCAUACCGGGGGAAGCACAUUGGCAGAUUGGAACUGUGGAGAACGCGAUUCAAGGGUUGAAAACAGUUAUGACAAAACUCAGUGCGGAAGACCCAAGCUUGUCUGCUGAGCAAGUCAUGAGCUUGGCCAUUAACACGUUCAAUCAGCGCGAGCUGGUGAGAGGAUUCUCACCGGUCCAGCAUGUUCUGGGUAGCGCCCCAGACGAGACGGGACGGCACCUACACUCAGAAAGACCGCAGCCUCCAGAUGUGAUUCUGAAUCAACCUCUGCAAGAUUUUCGGAAGGAGGCCGAGCUACGAGCUUCAGCGGAAAAGGCGCUAGUGGAGUGGCAAGCACAACAGAGAGUGAGUCGUGCAGUGAAUUCUAGAACGAGACCGAGCCACCUGUACCAUCCGGGGGAUCUCGUCUACUUUUGGCGCACCCAGGAGUCUGGGCGCGGAAAGCGCAGUCCCAACACAACGCAAGGCCGGUUUUUAGGACCGGCGCGCAUAUUGGCCAUGGAAACCAGACGGUCUACUGACGAUGAGCCGCGCCCGGCUCACUCUGUGUGGGUAGUACGGGGGCGACAUCUCAUGAAAUGUAGCCCCGAGCAGCUGAGACCUGCCAGCCAAAGGGAGGAAUUGGUAGAGUCCUUGGCCACCAGGGACCAGACACCCUGGACUUACACGAGACUUGCUGAGGAGAUAGGUGGUAGCCAGUAUGAAGAUAUCAGCACAGAAGUGCCAUCCGAGCAGGAGUGGCAGCGAGCUCAAGAUGUCCAAGAAGAGGUGUCACCGCCCAGGACCAGGAUCCGCGGCAAGCGGGCCGCGCCACUCCCUGACGAAGACCUGGACCUCGAGGAUCCCGAGGCAAGAGAACCCAGUCAACCGAGCGACAUUCGACGAGUCGGACAACCACCAGGCCCUCGCCACGAUGGACUCUCUGGAGAGAAGUGGCAGGCUUCCGUGGCCGAGAGUGCUUGGGCAGCAGAGGAAACUUGCUAUUGGGCCCAAGAAGAGGCGGCAGUGGCUAUCGAGAUUGAGGUUCCCCAGAGCAAUCGUGGAUGGGAGAAGUUUCUGAAUAAUCCUCAAGCCUACUUCGUGGGGGCACUGCGAAGACGAGCGGUUGAGGUAAGCGAAAAGCGAUUGACUGCUGAGGACCGCGUGAAGUUCCAGGAGGCGAAAGCCAAAGAGGUGCGCAACUUUAUUGCAGCACAGGCCUUCGAAGCACUCCCAGAUCACUUGAAGCCAUCAAAGGAUCAGGCGAUUGGUAUGAGGUGGUUGCUUACUUGGAAGACACAGGAUGAUGGGAGUGUACGUCCGAAGGCCUGGGCCAUACUGCUUGGCUACCAGGACCCGAACUACGAAUUUAGAUCCACUACUUCACCAGUCAUGUCGAGGCAGACCCGACAGCUGUUCCUACAGGCAGCCGCCAACCGUCAUUGGCGAAUCCAAAAAGGAGACAUCACUGGAGCAUUUCUUCAAGGAAGGGAGUAUCCUAGUGAGCUGUUCUGUAUUCCAUGUGAUGAAAUCCUGGAAAGCAUGAACCUACCGGCAGGCACGGUUACGCGCUUAAAAAGGGCAUGCUACGGUCUUGUGGACGCUCCUUUGGAAUGGUAUCGGACGAUAGCUGAGUUUCUGGAGUCCAUUGGCCUUACGAGGUUGUGGAGUGAUGCCUGUGCCUGGGUGUGGAGACCGCAGGGUCAAUUAAGAGGGAUGGUGACGGGUCAUGUGGAUGAUUUCCUGUUUGGGGGCUCUGAAGAAGAUCAAGGCUGGCAGGAGAUUAUUCGUCUGAUUAAAGAGAAGUUUAGGUGGGGAGAUUGGGACCAGGACAAAUUCGUUCAAUGUGGUGUGCAAAUAGAAACUACCAGUGACGGCUUUACCCUCUCCCAACCUCAUCACCUCUCCAAUCUCGAGGAGAUACACAUCAAUGCCACACGCCGUAAGGACCGAAAGGCCGAGACGACAGAGUGGGAGAAAACCCAGCUCAGGGCUUUGCUUGGAGGACUCAGCUGGUUUGCCCAGCAAACAGGACCGCAUCUUGCAGCCGAGGUAAGCAUGAUGUUGUCUGCUGUGUGUGAUUCACGAGUUGAGACGGUCAUUGAGGCGAAUCUUCUUCUCCAGCAUGCUAAAGAACGAAAGAAUCACGUCUUGCAGAUUUUCAGGCAUAAGGAUGAGGACAUGCAGUUUUAUGCCUGGGUUGAUGCCGCAAACAAGAACAGGGUCAACCUGCAAGCACCAUCCGAGACCGUGAAGCAGGUGGACGGCUGUUUAAUCACGGACUCCCGGAACGUCUACGACAAGUUGAGUACCGAGGUGUUAACGGUGCAGGGCGCAAAGAAGAAGGCAAAUCUGGAACUGCUCAGCGUCAAGGAGUCCCAGAUGUCCACUAAUCUGAAAGUGAGAUGGGUGCAUUCUGAAGCUCAGUUAGCCAACGCUCUCACCAAAAAGGGCGGGAAGGAACUCGAGCUCUACUACAAGAUGCGCUUCAUGUGGCGGAUAGUUGGGGACCCAGCUAUGCGCUCGGCCAGACGACGACGUCAAGAGGGACUUCAGCCUUUUGACCAGACUCAAGUGAUGGUCUGCGAAGCUUUGGAUCACAGGCAGGGGUUGCCAGUGUAG